ACUGUUGACAGGAGAAAAACAUUUUUGGCUACAUUUUCAGUAUUUGCUAAGUAAACACGUAAUUAUCGGAUGCGAAUAGGAAUAUUGCCUUACAUUUUGAGCUAGAUACAAGGUGAUCUGUAAUGUACGUGAACUGCAUUCUAAUGUCUCAGCCCAUGCUGGCAAAACCGUCCUUGGAAUGGUAACCUGAGAAGUCGUACAAAUACAAUCUGAGCUGUCAAUUGAUUUUCUGGGCUGAAAGUCAACGCAGAGCUGUGGUCAUACGGACCCACAAAAAAGUUCUUCCAAAUAAGCGAAAAAGCUGGACAGAAAGCUGCUGGACCCAGAUAUUGGAAAUUUGUGCUAUAAAUAGCAGGAGCUGACUGGUUUCACAGGGAGGACUUUAUCUAACACUAGACUUGUUUAUAUAAUCACAUCUCCAGCAGACUUGGAAAAACAGAACAGGACAAUGAAUUAGGUUUGCGUCUAUAUUUGGAAGAAAAUCACUACUCCCUGGAGCCUGAUGGACAAGUUUAAUAACUGAGGCUGCUAUGUAGUGGGAGGUUUUCGUGUAUGUCCAUGGUGAGACAAAUAUACAGCAUCCAAACUUUACUUCAUUGAUGGAUACAUUAGAAAAGGAGACUUGAUCUUUCUACAAUGUCAUCCAAUAAUUACUACGGGAUGCCCAGGAAACUGGACUACAAGGGCAGUGUAGACUCGGGCUUCCAGGAACCCAUAGAUCUAGUUUCUUCUCCAUUGACGUCCCCUGUGCUGGAACGGCGCGGGAAGAUGGGGGAUGCUAUGUACGGGGAGGCAAACCUGCAGCCUGGCUUCCAGCAGCAGAUCAUGUCCCUUAAACAGCAACAGCAGCUACAGCAGCAGAUGCUGGUACAGCAGUUCCAGGAACGACAGCAGCAGAUGAUGCAGAAUCAUGAACGUGAGCUGCACGAGUACCAGCAGUUUCAACAAGAUCAGCUAGCGAAAGAGCAUGAGAGGCAGAUGCAAGAACACUUUAAGCAACUGGUGAUGCUGCAGAAACAGCAGGAGUACCUAGCAGAGCAGCAGAAGUUGGAAGAGAGACAGCGGAUGGAGAAGGAGCUGCAGGAGAAGACCCGCCUCUCACAGAUCAAGAACAAGGGCAAGGAUGAGGAAAGUGCUGUUGCAUCUACGGAGGUGAAACUUCGGCUACAGGAGUUUGUUCUGACAAAGAAACAGCGCGAGGCCGUGACCCACAACAGCCCCCCACAGUUUCGACACUGGCCUCUGGAGCAGGGUUCCCCUCCCACUGGAUUGUCCCCCCCUUAUAGCCGCACCCUCCUUGGCAAAUAUGAUGACGACUUUCCGCUCAGGAAGACAGCGUCUGAACCAAACUUAAAGGUUCGCUCUGCUUUGAAACAGAAGAUAACGGAGCGUUCCCGCAUCACACAAAGUCCCAUUCUUCCAAGGAGAUUUGAAAAGGGAUAUUUUAAGCGAAAAGGCCCCCUCUCAAUUGACUGUGGCAGCAACUCAGACUCUGGGCCCAAUUCCCCACCCAGUGGUGUCCACCCUGCCCUCUCUAAUGGAACCAGUCUCAAAGAACAGGAGACCCACAUUCACCCGUUGUUACUGUACAACAUGGGCUACUCGAAUCCUGACCUGUACACCUCACCAUCCAUGCCCAACAUCUCUAUGGGACGCCCACCCAGCGCCGGAGGGACAAGUAACCACCCUAACUACACAGAGGCAGAUCUGCGGGCAAUGUCUGCCGCCAGACUCGGGCUCCCUCUCACCCAUGGGCUCCCAGCAGCUGGCCCUGGGAUACCUGGAUACCCACACCCAUAUGUGAUGGACGGAGAGUACCCUUCACCAUCAGAGUCAACAGGGCGGUCGAGCAACUACAUGUUGAAGGCGAUCGAGGAGACCGGGCGGGCGACUGGGACCAAACCCUCCCCCCUGGCCGGACCCUACCCAACCCCCACCAACCCCCACUCAUCUUCUGACACUCACCAAGCCAGAAUACACAAGCACCGGCCGUUACGGCACACCCAGUCAGCACCCCUUCCUUUCAUCCCCCAGACCCUGCUGAUGCAGAGGGGUGCUGUUACUGGGCCCGGGCUUGAACAUGACCCAGAGCAGAUCCUGAAGGACAAGUUUUUGGUGAAGCAGCACAUCCGUCAGACCGUGCUCCAGCGCACCAGCAGCAAGACUCAUAUGGAAAAUGUGGACGAGGAAACAGAGGCCAAACUAGCACAGGAGAUGAAGGAGUCUCGUGAGGCAGAUGAUAGUGAGGUUGUCGUUGUAAAGGAGACAAAGAUGGAUGAGGGUGAUGCUGAGGUGAGAAAGAAGCUACAGCGGCGGGAGAGCGAGCACCUGCUUGCCGUGACCAAGCCCCACAGAAAGCACCAUAAGCCUCUGACACGGACCCAGUCCAGCCCCCUCGUCACCUUCUCCAUGCCUCCGCCUGCACAGGAUAUGGGGCCUGUAAAAUACACGUUCACUACAGCAAUUGCGUACGACCAGUCGAUGCAAAAACACCAGUGUACAUGUGGUCAGGACAACGUACAUCCUGAACACGCGGGUAGAAUCCAUGCCAUCUGGUCUCGACUCAAGGAGAAAAACUUGAUCUCAAAAUGUCAGGAACUUCGAUGUCGCAAGGCGUCAUUGGAAGAAAUUCAGUCAUGUCAUUCAGAAGUUUACACAUUAUUUUUCGCUACAAAUCAUCUUGGGAGACCACGGCUAGAUCCUAAAAUAUUUGAGUCAUUACCGAUGCGGUUCUGUGCGUUGCCUUGUGGUGGUGUUGGGGUGGACUCAGACACUGUAUGGAACGACUUCUACACAUCUAAUGCUGCCAGAAUGGCUGCUGGGUGUGUGACAGAGAUGGCGUGUCGGGUGGCAGCGGGAGAACUUAAGAAUGGUUUCGCCCUCGUGCGACCCCCGGGACACCACGCAGAACCAGAACAGGCCAUGGGAUUCUGUUAUUUCAACUCUGUCGCCAUAGCAGCUAAGCAAGUGAAGGCAAAGUUGAAUAAGAAAAAAGUUCUUAUAGUGGACUGGGAUGUCCAUCAUGGUAACGGUACGCAGCUCAUGACAUACAAUGACAAAGAAAUCCUGUACAUCUCCAUACAUCGCCAUGACGAGGGCAACUUUUUCCCAGGGACGGGGGCCCCGGAGGAGUGUGGGGUUGGGGACGCAGUAGGCUUCAACAUCAACAUUGCCUUCGGGGGCGGCCUUGAACCAGCCAAGGGAGAUGCAGAGUACCUGGCAGCCUUCAGGACGCUCAUCAUGCCCAUUGCCCAGAAGUUUGAACCCGAGAUGGUGCUGGUGUCUGCAGGGUUUGAUGCUGCCUCGGGUCACCCAGCACCCCUGGGGGGAUAUGUCGUCUCUCCAGAAUGCUUUGGUCACAUGACUCGGGAGUUGAUGACCCUUGCAGGGGGUAAGGUUGUGCUGGCGCUUGAGGGCGGCUACCACAUGUCGGCCAUCUGUGAUGCCGCUGAGAUGUGCAUGCGCGCGCUGCUGGGCCAGGAGAUACCGCCAAUACGGGAGUCAGAACUCUGCAAGGCACCCUGUAAAUCCGCAGUAGAAACAUUGGAAAACACCAUCAAGAUACAGAGUGGUCACUGGGGAUGUAUUGAGCGCUACACAGGGACGUGCCAGUACUCGCUGGUGGAUGCAAGGCAGCGGGAGACAGAGGAGAGCGACACGGUCACCGCCCUCGCUUCCCUCUCCAUGGUUCCACAGGCCAGGGCUGAAUCCCUGGAGCAGGAGUCAGAGCCAAUGGAUGAAGAGUCCUAGAAGUGAGCAGCCAAUCAGAUGGCAGAAAUCUUGUAGCCUGGCAACCAACCUUCCCAGUGCACCGAUCUUAGCACCCUAUGUCUGUCAUGUGACCAGUGCUGUCUGACCUAGUUCCAUAAAUAGCAACACCUAAUAUAGAUGUAGGCAACUGUAGAAUAAGUGAGGCAUGCCAAAAGUUAUGUGCUAUAAAUAGAAACAUACUGAGUAUAAGUGUGCUAAAAAAGAUAGAUUUAGAAUGUGACCAGAUUUAGAAUUUGACCAGAUUUAGAAUGUGACCUACAGAAGGGCAUUGAUGAUAUAUGGCGAGAUUUGACAAAAGUGUGACUUGUUGUUGAAACAAUUUGAAAAUUGUGAUAUAUGUUAAAUCUAUUGUGUUUUUGAUAGUUAUACUGUUAAGUUUACUUGUACUUCUGAUGUUGGACAUUGUUGUGAAACAGGUUCACGAAUGACAGCUGUGAAUAUCAGCAUGUUUACAACAAACUGUGUUCAGGGUUUAAAGUGGGGACCGGUGGAGGAGUGUAAGAUAUUGUACAUACCGAUCUGAAUGACCCUGGCUAUUACACAAUGGCAUUUUAUGAUCUCCGUUAACACAGACAGACAGACACACUUGUCCAGCCCACUGUAGCCAUGGUGGGGAUGUUGGAAGGAGGAUAGAGGGACUGUAGGCAGGGCAGAGUAUAUGGAUCUCCGUGUGUUGAUCACGAGUGACGUGAGUGGUCUCGCUGGAGGAACCAAGGAGUGGGGGUGGGGACAUUCAGCACACUUGAUGAUAGUUGUACCUAUAGUACAAAUACUGAACAUUGUCACGUGUUGUUUAGUUCUGAAAGCUGACAAGUGAUCUUACCAUGUAAAUGACUUAUUUUGAUAAAUUCGUUCAUUGAAUUUUGAAUCCGGUAAACAUUUGCAUUGAUGGAGUAGUUCUUGUAAAUAUUCAUAUUUUUGGGACACCAGCAAUGUCUCAAUUCAUAGCUUAGUGAAGACAUUAUUCAUUAUAAUUAUAAAGUUGUAUAUUUAGUGUUAAAAUUUUGCUUUUAACUAGUCAAAUGAUGUAAAAUGAUGUUUUGUUUCUUGUUUAGCGUGUGUUUUAACAAGUUAGAUAUUGUGAUAGAGUGAGGACUACACCAUACAUUAUCUAUUGGUCUACCCACAUCAGCAUGUUUGAAUUCAUCAGUCUUCAUUGUCAUGAACCAUUGUGCUCAUCAAUGUCAACGUUUCAAAGUGUUCACUCUUGAAUCUGAUAUUUAUUGAAAACUAAAGAUCACAUGAAGUUGUUGGCUGUAAAGCAGUUGUCUGGACUUCUAUUUUAUGAAUUUUAUGGGGCUAGAUAUUGAAAAAGCAAUUUAGAACGAAAUGCUUGUUAGAAUGUUAACAUUGAAAGUUCAAAUAAGAGCCCUUUUGCUAAUAUUUAGUUAAAAAUGCUCUAUUAUAUAUUGAACUAUUUUAGGCUUUGAUUAGCAAAAUUUUACUCUAAUGAGAAUCUGUCAGUUACCACAUGGGGUUUGUACAUACUGGCAUGUACAAUAACUGCGGAUUUUCAACAAGGUUUAAACAAAAUCCUUCCAAGCUUAGAUAUUUGAGAGCGUCCCUUUAACGACUAGCCCAGUCACAUGGUGUUCUCCAACUGUUGGUAGGUGUUAUGUUGAGAUUACAUUUGUGUGAUACUUUUUUCAUCUUGAAUUUUACCGUACAUCUUGGCUGACUUGCUUAAGUGUAACGCUCUCUGGUAAUGCUGCACGGCCUUUGUUUCUCAUUAGGAACCAUCUAAAUUAAAUUGGCGUUACCCAGUUUAAAAUGGAAGAUGUUUUUAGUACAAAGAGUGCAGGAAUGUUUGCCUAUAGAAAGUCCACAUGGUUUUUAACACACAAAUUUUCUAUGCAACGACCUGAAUUAAAAAAGCAAUUUCAUCGGGGCAGAUAAAUUCUAGACACUGGGGAAUACGCGCCACUCUUAGCUUACUUUUCUGUUGCAUAUCAUCUUAUAAGCCUAAGCAGUGAACCCCCUUUAAUGCCUGAAACUAGUUUCUCUUGGUCUCGCUUGAUUGGUCAAUCACUAAUUUAGCUGACCAAUGAAAGUAUUAGAAUUUGGUAAUAACAUACACAUAGUGGGAUAAACAUUCAUUCCCAUUUAAAUCUUAUACAAACACUAGGGCAUGGCAAUGGACCAUUUGGUAAAGGGUUAAUGGAGAGCAGAUUGUUUAGCUAUGUUUCUGUGACAGUUCACUGGUAAGGGGAGGGUGGGCAUCACAUUGCUUGUCCACAAAAUGCUUGUAAUGUAGCAAUCCGGUAAUACCUGUACAACAGUUACAUCCAGCCAUCUUCUCAGAUGAACAGUCACAAAAACAAUUUAAUUUGAUAUUUUGAAACAUCAUUUACUUGAGAUUCAUGGCAGUCAUUGCUUGUUAGUUUUUGAAAAGGUUAAUGGAAAACUGUUGACGCAUGUUACAUUUUAUUUGGCUGUGAAUUCUCCUCGUUUUUUGUAUGUUGUAUAGUUUUACAUUAAGUCACAAAAUCUACUGAUCUGAGGGUGGCAAACCCCGUAAACCUUCAUGUCAGUCAGUUAGUUUUAAAGAAAAUGUUCGUAUAAAUAUCUGUUGAAAUAUUAGAAAUGUUAAAAAUACUGUUAAUCAUAUUUAUUUUUUUCUAAAAUAACCUUUAACAUAUUAAAAAAUAAAACUGUUAACACAUUAUUAAUUUAUAUUUUGUGAAUUGUCUGUGCUUUUUCUUUAUUUUAGUUAUUUUACUGUAAACUAACACUUGGUUAACUACUCACUAUGUUAACUUGUAGAAUAUCUGUAGAAUGUAUAUGUUAAUGCAGUACAUGGUCUUGAGGUGUCUGAUGGUCAUAUAACCUCGUCUUAUCGCCUACUCUUUUAUAAUCAUGUGAAAAUCUUAAUGUCUGGUAACCCUGCGUAACUUUGGUAUCAUUGGAAUGGAAAUUGCUUAGCGAAUCAUAAUAUGUACAAUAAAUGACUGAGAUUACCUAUUUUUAAAUUUUUUAAGUCUAAAAAAGUGCUCUAUUAAGAUUUUGUGUGUAUUUUCUACAUAUUCUUCUUCUGUCUCUUGUUGAAUAAUUGACAGAACUGUACGUCAGAUACAAUAAUAUACACCUACUCUACAAAGAGACACCCAAGCUGAGAGUGGUCUAGUGGUAUAGGUGUCCCCCUAUCACCCAAAAGGUCGUGGGUUGAUCCCCCCAGGGAUACAUUCUCAUGGCCUCUCAACAUGGACACAGUACUGGUUUCUGCCCAGGAAACAGAGUCGAGAGGAUUCUAUAAGCUUACAGCCAUUGUCGUAAUCGAGCUUAAAAAAUUGUGCUGUUAUAUCCUUAAGAGACCCUUGUUGGUAUUUUAACAUUGUAGUGGAUUGUGGAUAUUUAUUUAUGAUUUCUGGAAGAUGGAUGCAUUUUAAGGUUAUAUCUGUUUGUUUUAAUAGUUUUAUUUAUAUACUGUAUAUAUUUGUUAUCCAGCGAUGGUUCUUUAACAUGUUCUUUGCUUAUCCUAGUUACUGUUUAUCUUUUCUGAUUUCAGAAAAUCAUGUUUGUAAGGGAAAAAUAGCUGUUUUGUUGAGUUUAAGAUUUCUUAUAAAUUUACUAUGUUAAUUUUUAAUAAAAUUUUAUUGAUAUGCCUACUGUUAUACAGGGGAUGAUUAUUUUGUAUAUUUUUUAACAAUUACCAAAUUUUACGUACAUAAUACGCUAGGAUGGAUUAUACGCAGGAGAACAAUACUGAGAAAAUCUGGGUGAAAAGUCUUGAUACAAUGUGUAGGACAUGGGUUAAAAACGAAAUUGAAACAAUUGAUUCCAUGUCCAUUUAUACGAUGAUCUCUAGAAUACAGGCAAUAGUUUUAAUCCUAUUCUCGAAAAAAUAACUGCGUGCUAUCUAUGGUGAAAUUUGGUAUAAACAUGUUUUUAGUAUGGCCUCUGAGUAUCUAGUGCAAUGGUUGUAUAAUUUUUUCCAAAACCUUGUGUUUGAAUUCUUCUUAUGGAUUUUUAUUGCAGAAUCGGUUUAAAUCCAACAUUAAUUGUAUACGUUUUCACAAAUCUCCAGGUGUUUCAUAAGUUUAUGUGAAAGUCCAGGGUAUUGCUUUCUUUUAGUAUUGUACCUUUUGCCAAAUUAUCACAUAUUAUUGAAGUGUUCGCUUUUUUGAUAAGCAUCUUCAUGUUUUCUUUCUAUUUCCAGUUUAUGACAGCAGUUCUAACCAUUAUUUUUAUCACAAAGCAUUACACAUCAGUUCCUUUUCACCUUCCUGUUUUUUAUUCAUUGUUUGUUUGCAUUUCAACGUACUUGAAAUGGGCCUUUCAAAAUUAUGAAAUCAUAUAAUUCCUGGUUCAUCAUAGAAAUCCUGGUUCCCCGGGAAAUCAGUCCUUGUUCCCCAUAUAAUUCCUGGUUCAUCAUAGAAAUCCUGGUUCCCCGGGAAAUCAGUCCUUGUUCCCCAUAUAAUUCCUGGUUCAUCAUAGAAAUCUUGGUUCCCCGGGAAAUCAGUCCUUGUUCCCCAUAUAAUUCCUCGUUCAUCAUAGAAAUCCUGGUUCCCCGGGAAAUCAGUCCUUGUUCCCCAUAUAAUUCCUCGUUCAUCAUAGAAAUCCUGGUUCCCCGGGAAAUCAGUCCUUGUUCCCCAUAUAAUUCCUGGUUCAUCAUAGAAAUCUUGGUUCCCCGGGAAAUCAGUCCUUGUUCCCCAUAUAAUUCCUGUUUCAUAGUAAUAUUGGAAGGUGUAUUUGAAGUAUGUGAUAACGACAAAGAUCUGAUUUGUUCAUAUUCAUGAACCGUCCGUCAUGUUUUGGCUCUAGUGUUUCCGCGACUCUGGUCAUUGUGCAACUUAUGUGUACACUUCUUAUGUAGUGAUGCUCAUACACUUGUUACCUUUACUCCUGUCAAUAUUUGAAUUUUGAUACACGACAUAACCAGUUUCACUUACAGGUAAAAAAACUAGACUUCUUUUUUUCUCUUGCCAAAUAAUGAAUGUUAAAUAAGUGAUUUUCGUUAAGGUUUUUAAUUUGUGCAGGUGACAACCAUGUUUUUAUGCUUAAAGGGGUCAUUUGAAAGCAAUUAUAGCUGUUGAUAAAUAAUAAUAGAAAUCAUGUUUAGCUGAAAUGUAUUAUUGCACUAUGUUAAAUGCAUUGUUCUGUUGCUUGAGAUGUUUUUCUACCAAAAUUUUAUUCAAAUGAGUACAAAGAGUUUACAAUCACAUGUCUCCUGUAGAAUACCAGUGAUUUUCGACACUUGUGAUGCUAACAUUGUGGGUGUAUACACUUGUGAUGCUAACAUUGUUGGUGUAUACACUUGUGAUGCUAACAUUAUUGGUGUAUACACUUGUGAUGCUAACAUUGUUGGUGUAUACACUUGUGAUGCUAACAUUGUGGGUGUAUACACUUGUAAUGCUAACAUUGUUGGUGUAUACACUUGUGAUGCUAACAUUGUUGGUGUAUACACUUGUGAUGCUAACAUUGUUGGUGUAUACACUUGUAAUGCUAACAUUGUUGGUGUAUACACUUGUGAUGCUAACAUUGUUGGUGUAUACACUUGUGAUGCUAACAUUGUGGGUGUAUACACUUGUAAUGCUAACAUUGUUGGUGUAUACACUUGUGAUGCUAACAUUGUUGGUGUAUACACUUGUGAUGCUAACAUUGUGGGUGUAUACACUUGUGAUGCUAACAUUGUUGGUGUAUACACUUGUGAUGCUAACAUUGUGGGUGUAUACACUUAACAUGCCUCCAGUGCCCUGCACAAAUAAUAUGAUCUGGCAUGGCAUGUUUCCAUUAAUUUACUGUCUAAAAGAAAUUGGACAACUAAGAUAGGGUCCUUUUGUGGCUUUACCGACUUUCAUGCAAAAUAAAACUCCAUAAACAUUUCAGAAGUAUUUCCAUAACAGAAACUUGAUGUUUAUCAUCCUAGGAUCACACGAUGUUUUCAUUGAAAUAAAUAUAUUUAUAUUAUUAGUAAAGCCAAUUUUCAGGUGAACACUGACAGUUUGCAAUAUGUUUGUUAUUACAUUAUUUGUGUUAAUAUUGUAUAUUGUUUAGCUUUCUGUUCUUUCAUAGUUGGUCAAUUAUAUUUUUGUUGAGUGCUUCUAAAUCGGCAUAAAGCUGAAACAAUUCUUGCAUCUGUAAGGUCAAGAAGGGUUAUUUGCUUAAAACGCUUAAUUUCUCUGAUGUACGUACAUUCACUAUUAUUAUUAAGUAAAAUUGUAUCUGCAGUAAAACAUUUGUGAAGUAAAACUUUUGUUGUUACA